AUGAAGAACGCCGUCAUCCUCGCCGCUCUUGCGAGCACCACUGUCGCUGCCCCAUUCAGCGAUUACCUUGACGCCAUCUUCGGCACCAAAGAGUCCCGUCAAGCUCCUCCCCCAGAGCUGAUGCCUGGCUUCGCCCCAAUCGGAACCGGUACAGCAUCUGGCUUCCCUUUUCCCACAGCAACAGGAGCAUUCCCUGCUCCCACCGACGGCAUGCAGCCUGUCCGUCACCGCGUCCGCAAUUUGGCUAUCGACUACCAGCUCGCUCCACGACAGGAAGCCGGAGCCGGCAGUUCACUACCCAGCUUCUCGUUGGCGGAGCCCACAGACGGUACUCCCGCUCUACCUACAGAAACGGAGGGGGGUUUCCCUGGCCUACCAACAGGCCAGCCUGACGCUCCAUUCCCUCUGCCAACUGGUGGACCUGAUAUGCCUUACCCCACUGGCGGCUUUCCUAAGCCACCUGGCGAUGGUCCCUCUCCAUCCGAUAUUCCUUUCCCAACCGACCUUCCUUUCCCCAUGCCUACUGGUGGCUCUCCCUUCCCCUUCCCUGGCACCGGAAUGCCUGGUCUCCCCACUACAAUGCAGACUCUGACUCGCGGUCCUCAGCCCACGGGUAUGCCUGAGCUGCCCGGUUCGGAGAAUGGCGAGGAGGGACCUGGCGACGAUGCUCCGGGCGGUUUCUUUGACUGGCUUAGCAGCCUGUUCGGCGGCGGCAAAGAGUGA